AUGUCCGAGGCUCGAGACGCUGGCGACCCAACGGAUAAUUAUCAGGAACCAACGUCGAUACGCGAUCCGAGUUGGAAGGUGAACCAGGAUCUUCUGAAAAGUGUCCCAGCUUAUCAAGGUGUACAUUUCGAACAGAUCACCCAAGACAGGCCAUCAAGAUCUGCUGCCACGGGCUGGGACUAUGUUUACGGGCGGCUAGAGCAAUAUGACCGGGAAAUGAUCAAGGGAUAUUCCGAGGAUAUCGACAGUCUCCUCAUCUUCGUGCGCUCUCUUUGCCUCCUUCUCCCGCUUUUCUUUACACACCGUGCAUUCCAGGCUGGUCUGUUUUCUGCAGUCCUCACCGCGUUCCUGGUCGAAGUGUACAGCCAGUUGCAACCAGACAACACCCAACUGACUGUGCAGCUCCUCUCCAACAUGUCUUUGCAACUACAGCAGAUUUCAUCGAAUCAAGCCGCUCCUGCGUCCACCGAUCCGCUAAAAAAAUCCUUCCAGGCCGACUCGCAUGUGGUCGCCGUCAACACUCUUUGGUUUUUGAGCCUCAUCCUCGCCCUUGCCUCUGCUCUCCUUGGCAUAUUCGUGAAACAGUGGCUUCGCGAGUACAUGGCAUGGCCCAACAUCUCUCCCUUUCAACACGCCAUACAACUUCGAAAGUUUCGCUACGAUGCCUUUCAACGGUGGAAGGUUCCCGCUAUAGUGACGCUGGUCCCCGGCCUCUUGCAACUCGCGGUUAUGUUGUUCUUCGGCGGGCUUGUCACCCUUCUGUGGCCGAUUGACAUAACAGUAGCUGCCGUCUGCUGUGCUGCGGCCGGCAUGACUAUGACCGUGGCAGCGCUUGCUGUACUAUUGCCGCUCAUGUUCGAUGACUGUCCCUACAAGACUCCUUUUGGAUGGAUGACUUUAUCCGUUCUACGACCCUUCUACCGCGCAAUCAGAAUACCUUUGCAAUCUAUGUACCAUUGGAACUGGCCACUCUCGCUCGAA